GAGAAAGAUGUCGAUCAAAACAAAUCUCAUUUAUAUAAAAGCUCGGGAUUUAAGUCAAAAAUUAAAAGAGACAAACAUGUAAUUAGUUUCUUGUAAUUUUGGCCAUUUGUAGUGCAAUAGUAUUUUUUAUUUAGAAAACAUAAAAUUCAAAUCAAAAGUUAUAUUAAUCAUUAAUUUUAACUGAAAAUAAUAUAUUGAACAGUGGUGUGAUGACUCAUGUGAAUAAAUUAUAUAUCUGUCAAAUAUCUUUGUCUUUCCCAUCCGCAAGUGACUGAAAUAUAUUUACAAUAAAUUUGGAAAAAUAUCUCUAAAUUUUUUUUUCAAAUUUACAAAUGUAAAUCAAUAAUUGAAUCACAAUUUGAAUUAAUCUCUCUGAUACUCAGAGAACAGAGAGGUUAUGUACGCCAGUUUAUUAUUGAUCGGAAUCUCAUACAAGAAUUAUUCAAAUAUAAAACAAAAAUCUUUAAAUAAAUUUCUCUCAAUUUUUCUGUAAAUAAUGUAAAUUUAAACAAGUAAAUCGGUGAGAAAUAUUAAAUUUGAUAUGACACAAGGAUUAAUUAGAAAAAAAUAAAAAGUGCCAAAAAAAAUGGGUUCGCAAAGAAAUACAAAUUUACAAAAUAGAAAUAUUCAAAGAACAACAUUAUUGAAAGUUGUGAUUUUAGGAGAUGGAUUAGUGGGAAAGACAUGUCUGAUGAAUCGUUUUGUUUCGAAUAAUUUUAAUCAGUGCGGUUAUCAUACAAUAGGAGUUGAAUUUUUAAAUAAAGAUAUUGAAGUUAAUGGAGAAGGAUAUACAUUACAAAUAUGGGAUACUGCCGGUCAAGAAAGAUUUCGAACACUGAGAACUCCCUUUUACAGAGGAUCAGAUAUUUGCCUUUUAACUUACGCCGUCGAUGAUAAAAAUACAUUUAACAAUUUAUCCUCUUGGAAAUCGGAAUUUCUUUUAUACGCCGGAAUACAAGAGGGUUCAUCCUUUCCAUUUGUUGUUGUUGGCAAUAAGGUAGAUAUGGAAGAAUCGAAUAAACAAGUUACGAGGGAAGAAGCCGAAAUAUGGUGCAGGGAAAAUGGAGAUUUACCUCUAGUUGAAACAUCGGCGAAAACAGCAAUAAAUGUCCAGGAAGCAUUUGAAGCCGCCGUUGCUUCCUGGGUGAAACUUGAAGCCAAAAUCGAACGUCCAAUUGUUACCGAUACAGUAGAUUUAUCUAAACAACAAUCGCCUCAAAGAACAAGUUGCUGUAUGCCUAUAACAAGUUCUGAAUAAUUUUAAUUAUAUUUUUCAAUUUUUUUUAAUUUUCAAACUAUAUUUAUUUAUUUAUUUUUUUAUUCGCAAGAAAAACUUUUUUAGUCGAUUUUAAUUUUUUUUCUUUAUUAAUUGAAUUCAAAUCAUUCGAUUUAAAAAAAAAAAAUGCCAAAUUAUUUUUAAAUGUGAUUUGAUUAGUAUUUUUCUUUUAAGGAAAUUUUUAAUUAAAAGAAAGCCUAUUUAUUUAAUUGGCUAGUAUUAAUUAAUUUUUUUAAAAGUAUUAUAUGUAUUUAAUUGUAUUUAUUUUGAUAUUUUUUUUUUUGCUUGCCUAAGUUUUAUUCUUCUUUCUUUUAAAAAAUACAUGACUUUGUCAUUAUUCCCUUCAUUUCCGAACAAAAUAUAUAUAAAGCACUCGACGUAUAUUUAUAUGCCUUGAACAAAUUUUUAAACGCUUUAUUAAAAGAAAAUAAAUAAAAGCUUUUUUCACUCAAGAAAUAUAUUUUCUAAUCUCAUUUUGUAUCCAAUUUUAAUACAACUCACACAAAAAAAACGUUCAUACACACAUACAUCGUCUCGAGUUUUACAAUUUAAAUACAUAAAAAAUAUGUAUUCUUUUUCUUUUUUUGAAAAAUUCUUUAAUACACAAUUUUAAAAACAAAUAACAAUUUUUAACAAAAAAAAAAAAUUAUAUUAAUAGCGAAUGAUUAAAUUAAAAAUAUGUGCAAUCUAAAUAUGUCUACAAAAAAAAAUGUAUACAAGUUUUUUCAAUAUUUACAUAUCUUUUUAGAGAUCAACUCUUGGUUUUUUUUUUAAUACUUUAUACUUAAAUUAAUGACAUACAUACAAAAAUUAUUUCGCUCAUGAAAAAUUAGAGGAAGAAUUAAUUGAGUUACAAGACUAAGAAAAUUUUAGUCGUGUUUUGAUUUUUAAAAUAGCAAAUUGUUUGCUAUUUUUUACGUAGUCUUUUAAUUUAUUUAAACGCCUAUAAGCGUUUGACAAAAUAAAUAAGCGAUAUUGUUAAAAUUAAAUUUCGAUAAGUUUUUAAAAUCUCGAUGAUAAUUUAAAAAAAAAAGUAACCAAAAAUAACGUAAAUUGUGUUAUUUUCUUUAUGACAAACAACUAUUUAUAAUUUAAUAUUAACACUAUAAAGUAUUCAUUUUUUUCGUUUGGUUUUCUUUAAAAAAAAAAAAAAAAGAA